UCAGUGGAAGUGAAGAAGAAAGAUACAGUCGAUGGCUGAUUAAAUAAUAGUCCAACCAACUCUGCAGAUUCUCAAUUCAGCCAUGGCGUGGACGACAAGAGCUGCAGCUUUGCUAUUUCUACUGCUACUACUGCAACAGAGCUCGGUCUUCUCUUGGAAGAAAGAUGAGUUCAGGAACUGUAACCAAACCCCUUUUUGCAAGAGAGCUCGAUCAAGAAAAGCUGCUUCUUGCUCUCUCGUUGCCACCGAUGUCUCCAUGAACGACGGUGACCUCACCGCCAAGCUUGUCCCUAAGAAUUCCGGAGAAGCGAUGGCAGGAGGAGAAACUAAUGAAGAACCAGAGGAACCCUCCAAACCAUUGAUUCUUACGUUAUCUGCUUAUCAGGAUGGCAUAUUGAGGUUGAAGAUUGAUGAGGACCCGAACUUGGAUCCACCGAAGAAGCGAUUCGAGGUACCUGAUGUGGUUCUUCCUGAGUUUGAUGAGAAGAAGCUAUGGUUGCAGAGGGCUUCGACGGAGGUUCUCCAUGGUGAUUCUGCUCCUUCUUCAAUUCUUUUUCUCUCGGAUGCUUAUGAAGCCGUCCUUCGUCACGAUCCUUUUGAGGUUUACGUUCGUAAGAAAGGUGGCGAUCGAGUUUUGUCGUUGAAUUCGCAUGGGCUCUUUGAUUUUGAGCAGUUGAGGAACAAGAAAGAGUAUGAAGAUUGGGAGGAGAGGUUCAGGAGCCACACUGAUACCAGGCCUUAUGGCCCUCAAUCGAUUAGUUUCGAUGUUUCGUUCUAUGGAGCGGAUAUCGUUUAUGGGAUCCCCGAACAUGCUUCAAGCCUUGCAUUGAUGCCUACUAGAGGGCCAGGGAUUGAGUUCUCCGAGCCUUACAGACUCUUCAACCUUGAUGUUUUCGAGUACCUCCAUGAUUCUCCAUUUGGACUUUAUGGGUCGAUACCUUACAUGCUCUCCCACGGCAAAGUCCAGGGGACUUCUGGGUUUUUCUGGUUGAAUGCAGCUGAGAUGCAGAUUGAUGUUCUGGGCUCUGGCUGGGACUCUGAGUCAGGAAUCGUUCUUCCUUCAUCUCUAAAUCGUAUUGAUACGCUCUGGAUGAGUGAGGCCGGCAUUGUUGAUGCAUUCUUCUUCGUCGGUCCGGGUCCAAAGGAUGUUAUGAGGCAGUAUGCUAGUGUUACUGGGACACUUGCGAUGCCACAGCAUUUUGCCACUGGAUAUCACCAGUGCAGAUGGAACUACAGGGAUGAGGAGGAUGUUGAGCAUGUCGAUUCAAAAUUUGAUGAAUUUGAUAUUCCUUAUGAUGUGCUCUGGCUUGACGUUGAUCACACAGAUGGGAAGAAAUAUUUCACCUGGGACAGGGUGCUCUUCCCCCAUCCUGAGGAGAUGCAAAACAAGCUUGCUGCAAAGGGUAGGCAUAUGGUUACAAUUGUUGAUCCUCAUAUCAAACGGGAUGAAUCUUUCCCCCUGCACAAAGAGGCUACACAGAAGGGGUAUUAUGCAAAAGAUGCUAGUGGGAACGAUUUUGAAGGGUGGUGCUGGCCUGGUUCCUCGUCUUAUCCUGACAUGUUAAACCCAGAAAUUCGAUCGUGGUGGGCUGAGAAGUUCUCUUUCCAUAAUUAUGUUGGUUCAACUCCUUCCUUGUACAUCUGGAACGAUAUGAAUGAACCUUCUGUUUUUAAUGGCCCUGAGGUAACAAUGCCUAGGGAUGCUCUACAUUAUGGAGGUGUGGAACACCGCGAGCUACAUAAUGCCUAUGGCUACUACUUUCACAUGGCUUCAAUUGAUGGACUUUUAAAGCGAGGGGAUGGUAAGGACAGGCCUUUUGUUCUGUCAAGAGCAUUCUUUGCUGGCAGUCAAAGGUGUGGAGCAGUUUGGACAGGAGAUAACUCAGCAGAUUGGGAUCACCUCAGAGCAUCUGUUCCAAUGCUUUUGACCCUUGGUCUUACAGGGAUGUCAUUCUCUGGUGCUGAUGUUGGUGGAUUUUUUGGGAAUCCUGAGACUGAAUUGUUAGUUCGCUGGUACCAACUAGGUGCUUAUUAUCCUUUCUUUAGAGGUCAUGCACAUCAUGAUACUAAAAGGCGAGAACCUUGGUUGUUCGGAGAGCAGAAUACUGAAUUGAUGAGGGAUGCAAUACAUAUACGGUACACGUUGCUUCCAUAUUUCUAUACAUUGUUCAGAGAGGCGAACACAAGUGGAGUUCCUGUUUUGCGUCCUUUAUGGAUGGAAUUUCCUUCAGAUGAAGCUACUUUCAGUAAUGAUGAGGCUUUCAUGGUUGGAAACAGCCUUUUGGUUCAAGGGAUCUAUACAGAGCGGGCCAAACAUGUAUCAGUGUAUUUGCCGGGCGGACAAUCAUGGUAUGACCUGAGAACAGGAAUUGUUUACAAGGGAGGUGUAACUCACAAGUUUGAGGUUUCAGAGGAAAGCAUUCCAGCUUUCCAGAAGGCAGGCACCAUUGUACCAAGGAAAGACAGGUUUCGCCGAAGCUCCACGCAGAUGGUGAAUGAUCCUUACACUCUGGUAAUUGCUUUGAAUGGUUCCCUAGCAGCAGAAGGGGAGCUGUAUGUUGACGAUGGGAAGAGCUUUGAAUUUGAGCAAGGGGCCUACAUCCAUCGGCGCUUCGUGUUUUCAGAUGGCAAACUUACAUCUUCUAAUAUGGCACCUCCCACGUCAGGCAAGGCUUUCUUUUCAUCAGAGUGUGUCAUUGAGAGGAUUAUAAUAUUAGGGCUCUCCUCUAGGGCAAAAAGUGCUCUUAUUGAACCUGUAAAUUACAGAGCUGAUGUUGUAUCUGGACCCCUCAGUCUUCGAGGGAGACGAAGCCCUGCUGCACUUACCAUCCGCAAGCCCAAUCUUCGGAUUGCGGAUGAUUGGACUGUAAAGAUGUUGUAGUUGAGAAUUGGGUUUUUAAGUAAUUUUUAUGCAAUAUUAAAUGCCUUCUUGUUCAGGGGAUUUUGUUAGAGAUGCUAGGCUAGAUUUAUUUUAUGGUUCUACGCUAAAAUUUGUAAUAUAAUCUCCAGCUUAUGUGCUGUUAAUUAGUAGUUGUA